GGGUGGGGAGGGCGAGGAGAGCUCUGCCAGGAAACCCAAAACGCAGAGGUGCCAGUACCUGAUAAACCCGGCCACCUGAGACUCUGGCGUGGCCUCUGUCUUUCAGCUCAGGCGGUGUCCUGAAGGGCGGCAGGCCACAGCGGUACGCAGAAUGACCCGCCAGCUUCCUUCCACGCUGAAGUUGUGUGGCUGUGUCCCAGCCCCACAGCGUGCAGGGUUUGAGGUUAAGCCAGUGGACUGUGCUCACCACUCCAGGCCCAGUGUGUACAAGGCGGCAUCCUGGGGUCUUUCUCAGGCCCUGGCUCCUGCAGGGCUGUGGACAGUCGUUGGCAAGAAGGAAAGACUCCAGGUUGUCGCUUAUUGGAGAAACGACCCGUAUUUCCCUUCUCCCUUCUGCACGCCCAUUGUCUCUACCUUCUCCCCUCCUCUGACAGCUGUCAGGUAGUCCUGAGUCUGCUUCUGCAUUGAGGUGGAUGUGUACAGAAGCAGAGGCCUCCUUUUGCCUUCAUUCACCUCUUGUUUGUUUAGUUUGGGGGCAAAGGUCUCCCUUGGCUGUUCACUGGGCUGUAACAGGAAAAAUAUCGGAUGGGGUCCUGCUAUCCCUCAUGUUGUCUUUCCCACUGUCUGGAGAGGUGACAAAAUAAGAGGAGGUUCUGAGUGCCCACGAAGGCUCAGUGCCUUAUGGACGUUGCCUCUCACCAGCCCUGCAGGAGAGACGUCAUUGUGCCCAUUUUAUGGAGAAGGAAGCCAGAUCGCAGAGCGCUUAAGCCACUUGUCUAAAGGCACGUGGUGCUGAGACCCUAACUCCAGAGCCUGCUCAGGUGACUGCCGGCUGCCCCCGCCUCCCACUGCAGCCAGACCCUGUGCCGUUUCCUUGGCGCUCCAGGGCUCGUGUCUGUGGAAGUAAAGGGUUGUCCAGGUUCCUGGGCCCUGUUUGGUGGGGCUUUAAGGAGAGGUUUGCAACCUGCCAUCUAGAACAUCAGAGUCACCUCCUGUGGCAGAAGGCCUGGAGCUGCUUGUCAUCCUAACAAGGUCGGAAAAUUUGGUGAUGAUAAAAAUACCCUGAAUUUGCAAGAGCUGACGAUGCUCGCACGCUUCCUGCAGCGUUGUGCUGCCACUCCUGGCAGGGGCGGCGUAAAAGUCUUCAGGUGUGCUACAGGGGCCAGCAGCUACCAGCUCAGGUGGGCAGGGGGUUAGCCUUGGCGGCUGACUUCUUUGGCAACUUCGGGACCAGCCAUGGCAUUGAGCUCUCAGUCUCACUGGCCACAACCAGACUGUACGGUGUAUGUGGGCUGAACUUUGCGUUGGGGCCUGAGUCACCUGCUGCUCACCUGGUGCCCGGGCCUCAGCAGUAUAUCUUGCCUUUCCUGAAUGAGGUGAUGAGCAGAGAGCUCUCUGAAAGGCAUGGACAAGACUAGGCAUUCACACAUGCAUAUCUGACAAAUAUGGGAUGAGUGAACAUCGCCAGGCAGGGCGCCUUUGGCCACAGGGCCUACUUGGUGGUUUGGUCCCUGCCCAGCACCACCAGUCUUUUGCCCACUGAGCUAGCUCUCUCCCGGUCACCACCAGCUGAGUUCCCUUCUCUCCUCGUCCCGUUCCUUCUGAGCCUGGCGGGGCCGCCCUGUGGUGCGUGUGUCUCCAGCUGCCCUCUCAGAGCGUGCCCGUUUGGGAGGAUGCAGGGGGCUGGCCCUGGAGGGACCGUCAUGGUUCAGCAGAAUCUGGACUUUCCAUGGGUAACAGACUACAACGAGGCAGGAAGUUCUGAGGGAGAAUGCGGGCCCCCAAAGCCGUGCCCUCACCUGGAGGGGGAAGGCAAGACAGGCCACCUCUGGGGAGCCCUGAGGUUCCAUCCCAGGCUGCUGGGACCUGAUGGCUGACCUCACUGAGUCCUUCUUAUCAAACCUUGUCAAACCACCCAGGGGAGCCUGUUUGACUUAGAGGUGUGACUGGGGCUGAAGGGGGGAGAGGAGCCUAGGUACCUGCUUCCCGCGGGGCCUCUGCUCUCCCAAAGCUCAACACAAAGCAGCAUUGGUGGGGCUCAUCCUGCCCCAGCACCACUGCAGUAGCUGCCCCUUUCCAGGAACAAUGCUCCCUCUGUGACCAUUUUAUGGGGGUGGUUUUUUUCUUUCCACUUCACUUUUCAAGCCUUCCUUGUUUGUUCUGCUGCAUUCCUUUUUCCUGAUUCUAGCCUUUGGGGGCCCUGGGGAAGCCUCUUGGGGCCUGUAUGAGGUCCUGGACUCAGUCUUCCUGGAGCCUACAGCUGCCAGUACUUCUGUGGGGGGAGGUCCACUGCCCUGGCUUCAGCAGGGCCUUGAGCCGUUGGACAAGAGGGGGCAGGCUGGACCCUCAGGUGGUGCUGGGGAAGAGAGAGGAGAGAGGAGUAGGGCAGCACAGAGGAGCGUGGACCCUCCGUAGUGCUAGGAGUCUGGGGAGAGAGCCAGGGCAGGAGGGAGCGCAUUGGAAAGAACCACAGGCUCCGCACGAGCGUUUGAGUUCCGACACGUUGGGGCACGUGUGAGUGCAGGGGAAGUGUGCUGCAGGGUUUCAGACCAGAAGCCCUGAACUGGAAGAGGGCAGCUCCCGCGUGCCUCUGACGGUCUGUGUUCCUUCAGGGAAGUCUGUAAAGGCUGGUGGCCCAUGACCCCAGUCAGGAAAGCCCUGCAGGAAAUGAGUGGCGGACCUGGGGCAGCUUGGGAGGGUGGCCAGGGCUGCCACUGCCUUUGCUAGAGCCUGCAUCAACUGAGGUCCUCAUCCACACUUCCUUCCCCUGGCAUCUGGGAGGACCAGCACGAUGACUGACUCCCCAUUCCUGGAGCUGUGGCGAUCCAGGGCGGUGGCCAUCCGCCAGCGGCUGGGCAUCGGGGACCAGCCCAAUGACUCCUACUGCUACAACUCGGCCAAAAACAGCACCGUGCUCCAGGGGGUCACCUUCGGUGGCAUCCCCACUGUCCUGUUCAUAGACGUCAGCUGCUUCCUGUUUUUAGUAUUGGUAUUUUCCAUCAUAAGAAGAAACUUCUGGGAUUAUGGCCGCAUUGCCCUGGUGUCAGAAGCAAACAGUGAGUCCAGAUUCCAGAGACUGUCAUCUUCCUCCUCAGGGCAGCAGGACUUUGAAAGCGAGCUGGGAUGCUGCCCCUGGCUGACUGCGGUCUUCCGCCUGCAAGAUGACCAGAUCCUGGAGUGGUGUGGGGAGGACGCCAUCCACUACCUGUCGUUCCAGAGACACAUCAUCUUCCUGCUGGUGGUGGUCAGCUUCUUGUCUCUGUGUGUCAUCCUGCCCGUCAACCUCUCGGGGAGCUUGCUGGACAAAGACCCUUACAGCUUUGGGAGGACGACCAUCGCAAACCUACAGACAGACAACGACCUCCUUUGGCUGCACACCGUCUUCGCUAUCCUUUACCUCAUCCUCACUGUGGGCUUCAUGCGGCACCAUACCCGGUCCAUCAAGUACAAAGAGGAGAACCUGGUGAGACGGACCCUGUUCAUCACAGGACUCUCCAGAGAUGCGAAGAAGGAGACUGUGGAGAGCCACUUCCGGGACGCGUAUCCCACGUGUGAAGUGGUGGAGGUCCAGCUGUGCUACAACGUGGCCAAGCUGAUUUACCUGUGCAGGGAGAGAAAAAAGACAGAGAAGAGCCUGACCUAUUACACAAACCUGCAGAUGAAGACAGGCCAGCAGACCCUCAUCAACCCCAAGCCCUGUGGCCAGUUCUGCUGCUGUGAAGUGAAGGGGUGUGAGUGGGAGGACGCCAUCGCCUACUACACGCGCAUGAAGGACAGGCUGACGGAGAGGAUCACAGAAGAGGAAUGCAGGGUCCAGGACCAGCCCCUGGGAAUGGCCUUCGUCACCUUCCAGGAAAAGUCCAUGGCCACCUACAUCCUGAAGGACUUCAACGCCUGCAAGUGUCAGGGCCUUCAGUGCAAAAGUGACCCGCAGCCAUCCUCCCACAGCAGAGAGCUCUGCAUCUCCAAGUGGACGGUCAGCUUCGCCGCUUACCCCGAAGACAUCUGCUGGAAGAACCUCUCUAUCCAGGGCCUCCGCUGGUGGUUCCAAUGGCUGGGCAUCAACUUCACUCUCUUCUUGGGGCUGUUUUUCCUGACCACGCCCUCCAUCAUCCUGUCCACCAUGGACAAGUUCAACGUCACCAAACCCAUCCAUGCGCUAAAUGACCCCAUCAUCAGCCAGUUCUUCCCAACCCUCCUCCUGUGGUCCUUCUCAGCCCUGCUGCCCACCGUCGUUUACUACUCUACGGUGCUGGAGUCUCACUGGACCAAGUCAGGGGAAAACCGAAUCAUGAUGACCAAGGUCUACAUAUUCUUGAUCUUCAUGGUGCUGAUUCUGCCCUCCCUGGGCCUCACCAGUUUGGAUUUUUUCUUCCGGUGGCUCUUUGAUAAAACUUCCUCGGAGGCCUCUGUCAGGUUGGAGUGCGUCUUCCUGCCCGACCAGGGCGCCUUCUUUGUGAACUAUGUCAUCGCCUCGGCCUUCAUUGGCAACGGCAUGGAGCUGCUGCGGCUGCCCGGCCUCAUCCUCUACACCUUCCGCAUGGUCAUGGCCAAGACUGCAGCCGACCGCAGAAACAUCAAGCAGAACCAGGCCUUCGAGUACGAGUUUGGAGCCAUGUACGCGUGGAUGCUCUGCGUCUUCACCGUCAUCAUGGCCUACAGCAUCACCUGCCCCAUCAUCGUGCCGUUCGGCCUCAUCUACAUCCUGCUCAAGCACAUGGUCGACCGGCACAACCUCUACUUUGCCUACCUCCCAGCAAAGCUGGAGAAGAGAAUCCACUUCGCAGCUGUGAACCAGGCCUUGGCCGCUCCCAUCCUGUGCCUCUUCUGGCUCUACUUCUUUUCCUUCCUGCGCCUGGGUCUGAAGGCUCCCCUCACCGUGUUCACCUUCCUGGUGCUUCUGCUUACCAUCCUGGUCUGCCUGGCCUACACCUGCUUUGGAUGCUUCAAGCACCUCAGCCCUCUGAACUACAAGACGGAAGAAUCGGCAAGUGACAAAGGAAGUGAGGCAGGGGCCCACGUGCCAUCACCGUUCACAUCCUACGUGCCCCGGAUUCUGAACAGCUUGUCCUCGGAGAAAACAGCCCUGUCCCCGCAGCAGCAGCAGACCUACGGUGCCAUCGCCAUCCACAACAUCAGUGGGACUGUCCCACGGCAGUGCCUGGAUCAGAGCCCUGCGGACGGCGUGGCGGCCGCCCGCCAGGAGGCCUGAGGGCCGGGGAGCUGCCGGGCUGGUCCAGACCCGGGGAGUGGGGAGGGGAAGAGACACAGGUGGAGAAGUGGCUUGACUCCAACCUCAACCAAGUCAGGACUUCUUUCCACCUGUUUUAAGCACAACAGCUCUAACAAGAUGGGAGCAGAAAGGGACUCUGGCCCCUGGCUGAGGCGGAAGUGCGGGACUGCCAUCAGGUGGUGGUCUUUUCCAGUCCUAGCAGUGGUAAGGGCAGGAUGUGCAGCUCUGGACUCUCCCUUGCUUGCCCGAGGCUCUGUUUAUUUCCAAGUCCCCCUUCUGCAUCAGUGCUCAGCUCUGUGGCUGGGAUGGUGCCCCUGACGGUUUUCAGCAGGAUCGUGUGUUGGCACUGUGUUCCUCCAACCCAUUAGUGUGGUGACUGUAUCAAGCAAGAGGGGGAGGUACCAUGUGGAAGACCUUCUCCCUCUGAGCAUUCAGACACUGCCCCCCUCCUCCGGGCACACAUGCAACUGAUAACCAAAGAGUCUGCAGCAACCACAGGCCUGAGAUGGGUGCCAGAUGAUGGUCCAGGUCCAUCCCAGCUUCCCCUUCUGGCUAUCAGGCCCUUCACACCCCUGCCCCUGGCCCCCAGGAGCGAGCCGCAGGGCACAGGACGGGAGCGGGCCGGUGCUGGGCUGCCCCAGUCUCCUCUACGUCCCUGCCAUGGUUCUGUGUUUUUCUGUCACGUUGCCAGUGACACUGUGGCUGGGUUAGGGUCCCCUGCAGCUGGCAGAGACAAUGAGGACCACUAAUAAAAUGCCCAUUCAGCCAGACUGGUGAGAUGCUGCCUCUUCGGGGCCCAGUGCGUGGGGCUCAGCCUCCAGCCCUUGAUUCCAUCUGUCUGUUCCCUCCAAAGGGAGCAGUGCUCAGGGCCUCCUUGAAGCCAAGGGAGAGCUAUGGCCACAGAAGGAGGGGCACAGCCUCUUGCUUUUUCUCGCCCCACGGGAUCCUGCGGCUUGGGACGCACCUUUGGGCACUUGCCAGAGAAGCUGCCUCCCUACUGCCAGAGGCACAAGCUGGUGUGAUGGGUGCCGGUGGGCAGAGCUGGGAGGCCGCUUCCAUCCCCGCCCAGGCGAGGUGGGCAGGUCCCCGGCAGUCACUCGGCCUCACUGCCUCUGCUCAGAGCUGCCUCGGGCGGCACCUGGGAAGACAGAGUGGCCUCCCGCCGGCCCCAGCGGCCCAUCCUGCCUCUCCUGGCCAGGCUGGAGCAAGGGCCCCAGUGCAGACCUGGCAGCUCUGCUGGAAGGGGCACCCCACGUGGGGCAGGGGCUCAACAUGUCACUUGUUCCAGCCGCUCUUAGAAGGAAAAUCAUUUAUCAUCAAAGCCAU